AUGUCAUUACCCCUACUAAGUGGAAGGUCAGCGGUUUUUGAUUUUGUAUCAGAUCAACAUGAAGUCCUCAAGCAAAAGCGAUCUUUGAAGCUCAACUCCUUAAAGACCCAUCUUCCUAAUCUCCUGCUCAGUGAUAUAUUUGAAUACUUGUACCAGUAUAUUAAUUCGUAUGAUCCUCCUUUGGAGAUUGAAAGUAUAUCACUAGCUGCUAACGGACUUGAGUCCUUCCCCUUGAACUUCAAAUUGUUGACGAAAAAUUUGUCCUAUUUGGAUCUUCACAAUAACAACUUUUCUGAGUUACCACAGGAUAUUUAUGAUCUAACCCAAUUAGAAUUCCUUGAUUUAUCUUCCAAUCGCUUGUUUCACCUUCUGAGAUCUCGGAUGGGCCAAAUGGUCAACUUGAAACUUCUAUCAUUACAGAAUAAUAAGUUCAGGUACUUGCCGCCAGUCUUGGGAUCUUUGCCGAGCUUGAAUUUGAUAGAAAUCCUGGAUAAUCCUUUGGUACAGCCAUCACUAGAAAUGAUCCAAAGACUUCAGAAACAGCUGUCGGAGCACGAGUGGGUAAGUCAAUUGAAAUCAUACUUGAUAAGUAAUGCAGCUGCCAUAGAGUCCAAAAUCUAUGAUACCCCCCAGCCAGCCCCUAGAUCCACCCCAAGUGCAAGUACCGUUUCAACUUCAUCAACUCCCCAGGCUUCCAGAUCGAAGAACAUCUCAGAAACCAAGACAAGAGCAUCAAAGGCUGCUCGUCGAAUGGGCUUAAUAAUCAAGAAACCUGAUGAAAUAUCAUCCAACCAGUCUGAUGAUUCUCGAGAUACCGACCAAAUUGAUUUUGCUUCCCCUUUAACUUUCCCCAACUCAUCCUCAUCUAUUGAUUCAUCCUUCAACCUAGUCAGUCCACCACCUGCUGUUGGAACCACCACAGUCAGUACUUUGGCUACGGCUUCUAAUUCUGAUGGGGGAGAUUCUCCACCAGCAACGCCGACAAUUCUGGCACCCCCUUCUCGUCCUACUGCCCGCCCCAGGUCUCGUUCUAACACUUUGUUGGAAAUUGACAGGAUGCUUGAAAAUUCUGAUGGUGUCGACACAGAGCAUAAACUGGGGGCAUACUUCAGACGUCUAUCAACUUUGGCAGAGGUGCCUGUAGACCAAAACUUACCUUACCGAUUCCACCAGACACAUAGCAGUAUAUCUAAUGGAUCGAAUCCUUCUUCUCGGAAUGGAAGUCCCUUUGGUUCGUCACUUUCAGACCUUUCUCCUUCAAAGCCUGCGAGAAAGUAUCUGGAAUCUGAUACGAAUUCCUUAAUCGGAGUAUCGAGAAAAGUUCUUUUUGCAUUCAGCGAAUUGCACUCUUCUGUGAGGAGGUUCAGUGGGUUUUGUUCCGAUAAGAAAGUCACAAUAAAAAUGGUUUCUUUCUUGUACAGUGCAAAAGCUAACAUUGAUACAUUGGUUGAGAACUUGGAAUUGAUGGAAGAAAAUUCAAAUAAUCUUGAUAAGAUUUUUGAGUCUUUAAACACUUGUAUUCAAUCAUUCAAGUCAAUAAUGGGAUUACUUUCUGAUAAUUUCGCCAGUUUUGUCAAUAAAAUUGACAUUUGCUUUAUCAGAAUGCUUUAUUUGACUGUUUAUGGCAGUUUCAACGAAAUAUUAAACGCUUAUAAGAUCCUAGUUCCUAGUGCUUCGUUCAGAGUUCAGGAUAAACCAAAGAUGGGAUUAUCUAUUAAUACCACUUCUGAGAGCAGUGAUGAAGUAGAUGCUAAGUUAUAUGAGUCCAUUGAAAUUGCCACAUCAAAGGCUCAAGACGUGUAUGGCGAACUCACUAGAGCUAUAAGUAAGAGUGCAAUUGCGAGUGCCAACAGCAACAGUGACUCUUCCAGUUCGGAAGGUGCCAUUGGCCCUCAAGUGGCAGUAAAGGUCAAAGAGUUGACUUCUGUGUGCGUUUCAUCCAUUGAUAUCAUCAAGAGGAUCAAGACUAAGUUGAUUACAAUCCGUAAUGAUCCUAAUUAUAGCACAAAAAAGUUAUUUUGGGAUGAUAUAAACUUGUUUUUGAAAGCCAUUAUUCAGACUUUCUCGGCAGUGAAAAACCUUAUGAAAGACUUGCCUAUUCUCAACGAAAUCAGAUCUUCUAUGUCCACAUUAACAAAGUCAACCAAAGACGUGACUAUCCUAUUAGAAGCCUCUUCCUACAAGUCAAUAUCCAAUGAUUAUAAUGGGUCUGGCGUGGGACCUCACCCACCUCCAUUAAGUGCUAUACCAAGUGUUUCCAAUAUAUUCACACCAUUGUCGGCACAUCCAACGGUUUCCUCCUCCCAUACCAAUCUUCCCCAAGCCCAAGGUCCACCCCAAAUGCAAUCGCAUAGCACGUUGGCAGCUUCACCUAUUUUGACCCCGAGCAUGUCCAUGGAAGGUCCUCACCCCUCUCAGUCCACUGGACAGUACUAUGCUAGUAAUGGUAUGAAUCCGUUCGAUGGUCUCAUUAUGGUCAAUAGUGAAAGACAACUGGAACGGGAACGGGAGCGACAUGCUGAUUAA